AUGGCUGGCAGUCUGUUUGGAAGGCUCUCCCUGGAGGACGGGGACUCAGCCAACUCCCUGGAGGGCCUGGAAAUCAAGCUGGGUGGAGAAGCCAUGCAUCAGGCCUUGGACACGUUGAGUGACAGCACAAGCUCCACAACAGCUAAUGACCUGGACCUCAUCUUUCUCAAAGGCAUCAUGGAAAGCCCAGUGGCUCAUGAGCGGUUUGAGGAACCCAAGCUGGAGGCUGUGAGAGAGAACAAUGUGGAGCUGGUCCAGGACAUCCUGAAUGAGCUCAGCCCGCUCGCAACCAGGAGCCAAGUAGCUGACGAGCUGGUCCGCAUCCUGAAGGAGCCCCACUUCCAGUCUCUCCUGGAGACUCAUGAUUCUGUGGCGUCCAAAAACUAUGAGACCCCCCCACCUAGCCCCUGUUCCUUCAUGGAUGCAGCCCUCAACAAUCAGCCUGUACCCCCUGAUGCAGUCAGGAUGGUGGGCAUCCGUAAGGUGUCUGGUGAGCACCUGGGAGUGACCUUUCGAGUGGAGAGUGGCGAGCUGGUGAUUGCCAGGAUCCUCCAUGGUGGCAUGAUUGACCAGCAAGGUCUGCUCCACGUGGGUGACAUCAUCAAGGAGGUGAAUGGCAAGGAGGUGGGAAAUGACCCCAAAGUCCUUCAGGAGAUGCUGAAAGAGGCGAGUGGCAGUGUGGUGCUGAAGAUCCUGCCUAGCUACCAGGAGCCACACACACCAAGACAGGCCUUUGUUAAGUGUCACUUUGACUACGACCCAUCCCAUGAUAACCUUAUUCCCUGUAAGGAGGCAGGGCUUAGCUUUAACAGUGGAGACAUCCUGCAGAUUUUCAAUCAAGAGGACCUCAACUGGUGGCAGGCCUGCCACAUAGAGGGAGGCAGUGCAGGUUUAAUUCCAAGCCAGCUCCUUGAGGAGAAGAGGAAAGCGUUUGUGAAGAGAGAUCUGGAGCUCGCUACCACAGGUCCUCUGUGUGCUGGGAUGGGUGGCAAGAAGAAAAAAAAGAUGAUGUAUUUGACCACCAAGAAUGCAGAAUUUGAUCGUCAUGAGCUGCGGAUCUAUGAAGAGGUUGCCAAGGUCCCGCCCUUCAAAAGGAAGACGUUGGUUCUGAUUGGUGCACAGGGGGUUGGCCGUCGCAGUCUGAAGAACAAGCUGCUGGUGUCGGAUACACAGCGGUAUGGCACCACUAUCCCCUUCACCUCCAGAAAACCAAAGUUGGAUGAGAGGGAUGGCCAGAUGUAUUCCUUCAUGACCCGCAGCGAAAUGGAGUGUGACAUCAAAAAUGGCCGUUUCUUGGAGCAUGGCGAGUAUGACGGGAACCUGUAUGGCACAAAGAUCAACUCCAUACAUGAGGUGAUAGAGACAGGAAAGAUCUGCAUCCUGGAUGUCAACCCCCAGGCUCUCAAAGUGCUGCGGACAUCAGAGUUCCUGCCCUAUGUUGUGUUCAUUGAAGCCCCAGAUUUUGAGGUUCUCAAAGCCAUGAACAGGUCAGCAAUUGAGUCAGGAGUGGUCACGAAACAGUUAACGGACUCUGAACUCAAGAGGACGGUGGACGAGAGUGAACGUAUCAAAAGAGCAUAUGGACAUUACUUUGACCUCUGCAUCGUGAACGACGGCCUGGAGGCGGCUUUCCGAAGUCUACGGUUGGCACUGGAGAAACUGUUAACAGAACAACAGUGGGUGCCUGUCAGCUGGGUCUUCUGA